CUGUUUUCUGUUAGGCAGAUCCGUGUCUCAGAUGAUUGAAGUAAUUCUGUCCUCGGUUGAUAAUCGCUGAGUGCUCAAAAGCUGCUUGAUGUUGGAGUUACGGUAGUUGAGAACGUUGAGAAUGAUGAAGGUUAAAGAGCGUUGAAUUUUGUUUUGGUAAUUACAUGUCGAACAUCGGUUGAAGCGCUGGUUUUUAAUAAAUACCGGUUUAAGACUAGUUUAUUUCAUUUUACGUAUUUAUUGAGCAUCCGUUUGGCGUGUAUGUGGACACUAAACUGUUUCGUGGUGCACCAGUGAGAACUAUCAGAACUUCAAGAAGAGAGGAAGAACUAGUGAGAUACAGAAAACAAAAGAUUGUGAGAAUAAAGAGGAGGUUGGAGACUUUUCAUCAGUUGACGUAUAUAAAAUUGGAAUGAUGGCAGAAGAGGAGAGACACCUUUAGUAUGAACUGAAAGUCAGAGGAUGUGAAAUUUACCUGAAGAGCUUGCAUACAGCCUGUAAAUCCAAUAGUAAGUGGAGCCUCAUCUGGGACUAAGAAGUGUGGAGGAAUUCCAGCCAAAUGUAGCCAUGAAUUUGCUCUGAUCACAACCGAUAAAGGCGUUAACUGCGAAUUCAAAGAACGAGGAAUUGGGGUUCGAGUUCCGGCAGGAGCAACAGAUUUUUCGCUUCUCCGUGACGUCAAAAUCGACGUUGGGGCCCAUCCAGUUCUCCUAUGCAGUGAAUACUGAGGAUUGUUUCCCGGGGGGUAAAGGUGGAGGUGUGUGAAGCCGACCACUCACCACGUAGUGAUGAGGGUUGGCUACCAGUGCUGCUAUAAUGGACACAGAUCCUGGGAUUCUGUGCUUUCAACACUGCAUCUGCAAAGUGUUUUGUUUUGAACUACCUGAGAAGUGCCCCAUAUGUAACAGUUAUCUGUCAACUGCACAGUUCAGACUCCUUCCCUUCAGAAUCCCAUAUCCGUUUGUGCGUGCGGUUCAGUAUCCAUGCUCCGUAGUUAUCAAGCCCACAACUGGUGACUUUUUGCAUGACUACCUGAAUUCUAUGGAUCUGCAUAUUGGAGUGACAAAUUCAGAAGGAAGUGUUGUGGAAUUUGACAAAGGAGGUUUGCAGCAACAUAAAACUGGACUGUGGUAUCAGUGUCUUGUAGUGCAUGGGGCAACUGGGCCCUGGUGUGAGCAUUGGGACACCACUUUGAAAGCAGUGAUUGACCAAAAGUGCUGGGUACCACAGAGGUACAAUGAGGAGACUUUCAACUGUUACACUUUUGUCCUGACAUUCCUGUGUAACUUGCGUUAUGGAAACCUAAGCAAGGCAGCCACCUGUCGAACAACGUUCUGUGAGAAUUUCAUUGUACCUCGUACUACAGCCGCAGGGAAAUACAUUUCUUUAUAUCGUAAACUGAGCGAUAGGGGCUGUUAUAUUCAAAGACAUGGUGCUGUUGAUGCCACUUCUGUUACUUUACCAAACAGAUGAUGACAGGAAGUGAAGUGUAAUGGAGGUUAUGAUGAUACAGCAUGCUGCAUCUUGAAAUAUGAACAAGAGGCUUGUAAUGGAUACUGUCUAAACUUGGAAAGACAGUGCUUAGAAGAAAUUCUUGUUUUCUGUUAAGUACUGCAGUAAUAAAUGAAGCCUAUUCCACUCAGAGAGUUACCACCAAAAUUUUCUUUCCAUCACCACAGAGCUGUUUGGAGUGCACCUGAGUUCUAAUUUUCUGCUCCCUGAUACCUACACUCCAUUUCUUUCCUUCUCAUUUUGACAGCAACCUUUUGAAGGUCAGAAAGAAAACAGUGAUUGUGUUCCUGAGCGGAAUAUAGAUGUCCGCACUGAGGUGAGGGAAAUAAUGAACUCAGGCUCUUCUCACUAGGCUGCCUAACGCCUACCCCCUCCCCCCUUUCUGCUUUUCUUUCCUCUCACUGUAUUC